UCCUGCUCAGGUCGAAUGGUGAAUGCAGCUGGGCAGAGCCUCGCUGCAUUCGCCAUCCUUUGCAGGAUAAAGCCGAUAUUUUAAGACAGUAACCAGCUAUUCCCUGUAUAUAUUUAACUAUUGGGUUAGACAAAAAUAUGAUUGCUGUUAUUUUACUUAACACUGAGGUAAACUAACUAAAAUGUUGAUUCAAAAGGCGAAGACGUGAAGAGCAGCUUGUUUUAAAGAUUGGGACAGAUUGAUGAGAAGCAUGUUGGAUAUGGGACAGAUUAACUAGCAUUCUUUAAAUGCGAGGGAAGAUCAACAACUGAACAAGUCAUAUUUUCCGAUUUACCAUACGUUUGUAACACAAUGUUGGAAAUAUAUAAAAAGAAGUUAAAAGUGAAAACUGUAGAACAUGAAGUGAGGUAGACUGCCAGUUCAAGCCCAGUGAGGGGACGCAGUCUUGAUAACAGGGUUGAAAAGACAGCGACCGAAAAUGGCGUUGACGAAAAUCAAAGGACUCCAGAUGUGGUGUCGCAAGAUGAGCGAUGGAUACCGUGACGUUGAGGUCAAGGACAUGACCUCUUCCUUCAAGAGCGGUCUGGCAUUCUGUGCCAUCAUCCACCGAUUUCGGCCAGAUCUAAUAGACUAUGAUUCCCUGUCCAAGGAAAACGUCUUUGAUAACAACAAUUUGGCUUUUACUGUCGCAGAACAGGAACUGGACAUUCCGGCCUUGCUGGAGGCUGCCGACAUGGUGGCCAUGAAAGUUCCAGACAAACUCAGCAUUAUCACCUACGUCUCCCAGUACCACAACUACUUCAGAGACAAACCACAGUUGGGAGGACCUGGUGUGAAGUCUGCCGUGUCUGCUGGCAACGUGUCCCUCAAGCGUCACACAACAUCACCCCCUGCAUCUGCUCCUGAAACCAAACGAUUCACGCCGUCCAAAGACAGCAAUACAGGAAACGUGUCCACUCCAUCGCAGGUAACGAAGAAACAGACAACAAUCGGAGACAAGUGUGACAUCUGCCACAACAAGGUGUACCUGUUAGAGAGACAGAUAGAGAACGGAAAACUCUACCACAGAUCCUGCUACAGACACAGCGAGUUCUCUCCAACAUCGUCUCUCUUCAAAAACUCUUCUUCUUUCUUGUCACACUCGGGUCAUACCGUUAGCUCAGAAAAAGCUAAGAAUACAGAAAACAAACCAUCAUGGGCAAAGGGAGAAGUGACAUCCAAGUCAGAUGCUGCUGCUUCUCAGAGGAUUAGUCCUGACUUGAAGAGAAACUUAUUUCACCAUGAAAAUGAGGUGGAGAUGGCGAAGAGUGAAACGAAAGAAGAUAACGUCAUUACGAGAUACUUGAAUCAGAUGAAGGAGAACGAGAAAGUCGAGGUUCCAAAGUAUCAGAAAAAAAGACCGCUUAUCUUUCAGGUAAAUACUGACAAAGAGGACAAACAACCUGAGACGUCUCGAUCUUCACCGCCACAUUUCAGUUCUAAGGUUCCCAACAAACCUGAAGUUCAGACCACAGAAAACAGAGACGUUAAAGACAGGACUAAACAUGAGGUAAAGACUAGCAUAAUUCCUGGUUCCAAAAGCGAACAGUCACUUAAUGAUAAAAGUGAGUUGUCCAUAGCUGUGAGCAACAGGGGGAUUUCUAAUUCAAAAAGUGUGGACAAUGUGAAAGUGAAUAAUACAUCUGUGGGUGAAAACGUUGCAGUACCGAAACCUAAAGAUCGUAAUGUAGUUAAACAGCAACCACAAAAGAACACUGAUCAGAAACAGGAUUCAGGUGAAGGGAAGAAGCAAGCCAUAAUAAGCCCAGUGACAGCCCACAGGGCUAUGUUCGAUGAUACAAUGCCUGUGAGAAAGCCGGUGUUGGGCAGACCUAAAACUCCUCCUCCUCAACUAUUUAAAGCUGGACAACACCUGUUGAAUACUUCUAGUUCUUCUGAAUCUCCAGACUCCCCGCCCCCUCCUCUUCCAUCAUCUCAACCCCCCUCUGCUCCUUCUAGUGCUGAAAAAUCAAACCUGAAAUCACUUCCCACUUCACCAAAGAAAACGUCACAAAGUAAUAUUGUGUUAAAAACCGAGUUUUCCUUGAGUCCUGUUCCUAAGGCCAGACAGAUGAAGAAGAGUCCUCAACCUGUUAAGCAGGAAUCUCCAACCAGUACACCUGCCAAGCCAUUGAGAGGUGCUGAGACUUCUAAGAGAACAGAGAUACCAAUGGAGGUUGACAAUAAAGUGACUAAACAGACCGAGUCCAUUCCAUCUGAUCCCAAUAAAGAUGGUAAGAAUGUUCUUAGUGGGCUUCUCAAGUCUUUGUCUCAUGUUCGCCAGGCUGAAGAGGUCUAUCCUUCUUCCCAUCCCACAGAUAUGUCUAUGUCUUCUGCUAACUGGAAGGUGUCUGAUGCUAGUCUGUCUUCCACAAACUCCAGUAUUACUAUCAGUUGUACUUCCACAAAAACGAAGUCUAAAGAAACUUCUCAGGUCGGGGAAUCAAAUGUGUUGAAAAAGGUUCAGAAUUCAGAAAUGACAGGCAACAAAAGUGGUUUCUUAAAGAAAGAUGUUAAAAAUAAAUUUGUUCAAGAUUCUAAGCAUCCGGCUCCUGUUCAUAAGAAAGACAUCAGAACUGAAACAAAAUCAGUGGAUAAUAAGAGUCAGGAUGUCGGUGUGUCCAACAGGGUAGGAAACAGAACAAAUGAUAAAUCCAGACUCAAAUCUGCUUUUGUAACAGCAGAUAUGAAGCUUACUGAAGAUGAAAGCUCUAAAAGUGGUGUGAGCUGGAAAAAGGAUUUGGAAAAAAAGGAUAAAUUAAAAUCAAAAUCAACAGAAAAUUUGUGGCAAAGUGACAAAUCAAAAAUGCAACAAGAUGACAACAUUCCAUCAUGGAAAAAAGAACUUGAAAAGGCUAAGAAAUCUAAGGGAUUACCUGAUGGUGAGAAAAGUGUGUCUGCAGCCAAAGAUCAAAAGGCAGCUGAGGUGGUUCCAUCAUGGAAGAAAGAAUUGAAGAAAAAUGAAACUGAAAACGUUAAAAUAAAAUCUAGUCUCUUACAAGGCAAUGGAUUACAUCGUACUGGGGUCAAAGAAGAUGUAUCACAGAAGAAUGAAAAAGUUGUUUCUAAAAUUAAAAUUGACACAGUCCCUAAUGUUCCAUCAUGGAAGAAACAAAAUGAUGAAAAAUCGAACAUUGGUUCUAAGUUGCAGCAGGAGAGUGAAAAACCAUUUUCAAAAGCCGGUGUUACAGAAGAUAACAAAAACCUACCAUUUUGGAAAAAGACAUCUGCAGAGAAAACUGCAGCAAAUUCAGGACCUAGUUUAAUUCAGGACAAAUCAGAGUCUCAAGAUAAGCUAAAAAAUGUGAAAGACAAACCUGUUUCAGAUUUAAGACCAGAAAGCAAAACACCAGUUCCAAAGAAAAGAGGUUUACAUGCUGUCAAUGGUGAAGUUGCUCCAUCGUCGGGCAAGGCGGAUAGACCAAGGAUAACAGAACAUCCUUCACAGAUGGAUGUAGACGGUGAUGCUGCAGAUUGGCAGACGGAGGCAAAACGAAGAUUGCAAAAGAAUCAGAGGCAAUUUGUUGACCCAGAAAGGAGGAAAUCAUCUGAUUUUGUUUCAAAGAAUGAACCCGAGAAAAAGAUGGAUCAACCUCAGACACCAGAAAUUGUAUCAACCAAACAUAAUGAUCCAGGAUCUACGGUUUAUCAUUCGACACCUAAAUCUAGUGAGCAGAAGUCUAGCAUCAAUCAGUCGAUACCAAAGUCUCCGACCUCUCCUCCGUCAAAGGUCCGCGUUCCAGCGCGACCUCCAAGACGACCUCCGUCUCCGCCUCAACAGCGUAAAAAGAUUCCCGUCGACACAAAGUUCAGCUUCUCAUUCAAGCCAUUCUCAUCCACCAAUAACAAUAAACCACCAACUGUCUCCCCGAUAGGGCCUCCAAAGAAUCAGAAUUCACCUCUAAAGCUGACACCACCUAGACCUCCACCUCCAAAGAUUGAGUUUAGUCCGGGUCAACUAAACCCCGUGGAGUUCCAGAAUCAGCUGUGUGACAUUGAUUCCAAACUCAGUGAGCUGGAGCUGAGAGGACGGGAACUGGAGGACUCCAUUAGAAACGCUAGUACAACGGAGGAAGAAGAUGACAUGAUGAUUGAAUGGUUCAAGUUAAUCAGCGCAAAGAAUGAGCUGGUCCGUGCAGAGGCUGACCUCAUCUACAUACAGAAGGAGCAGGAAUUGGAGGAUGAACAAGAAGACCUUGAUGCUGAACUCCGACGGCUGCUUAGCAAGCCAGACUCUGAAAAGACCGAUGCCGAGAGGGAGCACGAGGAAUACCUUCUGAACAAGAAACUUGGAGUUGUCAAUGCUCGCAGUAGUAUUGUGGACUCCAUGGAUGAAGAUAAACAAAGAUAUGAAGAGGAAGACCAACACAUUGCAGAAAUGAUAAAUCAAAAAGUGAGAAGACGAGGAGUAAAACAAAACACACAAGGAAACUGGCUUUGGAGAUUAUUUCGUAUAAUAAGGGCUCUGUUGUGCCCACCCUGGCUUUAGUUUUCUCCCAAGAUGCUGUGUCUGGAAAGAUAAACAAAGCAAGUGACCAGAAGAGCAAGUCUACCUGGUACACCUGAGAUGGAUGGAUGUCUCAACCAAGCAUCGUAUUGUGGAGGAAAUUACAUUAACUAACAACUGGCAAAAAUAUUACUUUAAUCAGUUUCGAUUGAUGUCAUCUUAACCCAGCAUCAUCGGGGGCGUGGCGUGCUCAGGUCAUGGAGAGGGAGAAAUGACAUUAAUUAAUAACUGCAAAAAGCUAUAGUUACAAAAUUUUACUUUAAUCAGUUUAGUGAACUAAAAACUGUUAGUACUCACAUCACUGAUUUAACAUUUAACAUCUAGAUCUUCAUAUUAUUAAGACAUAUCUUCAGCUUUUUCAAAACUAAAAGACAACCCCAAUUCUUUUUAUCAUUUGUGGCAGCCAUCAUAGUUUAUACAGAAAAAUCACUGUAUAAAGACUAUUAUUCCUCCAUAAUGACAAACAAGUUGCUUAGUGAUAGAGGUCAGUAAAAUUUCUGAACAUGUUUAAACUAAAUUAUGAAACUUGCAAGACAAUGCCUUGUGGUGGCCAUUUGCAGGACCAAGCCAUGUUGUGGCAUAUUUAUUGUUUUUGUCAGUUUACAAUUAUCAUGUUAUGACUUAGAUUUUGAUCAGUUGGGUUUUUGACCAUGGAUAGAGGGCUCCAAAUGAUUUACAAUCUAGUCUUUCAGUAUGAUAAGUAUGGCUGAUUCCAGGAACCAUACAUUUGAGCAACAAUACUAUCAUUCCAAACCUUUUAUUAGAGAUUUAUAACAUUCCAUUCUCGGUAAUAUAAAUAUUAUGCAUUACAAGCUGGGCAUUAAUACAAAAUCAUAUAUAUAUUUGUUACCAUAUUCAUAAUGGCAUUUUAAUCUGUAAUAUAUUGACCAGCUGUUAAGAAGUUUGUUUUGUGAACACAAAACAUAAAUCUUUUAAACUGCUGCCUUUUCAAACAGUAUGCUCUGUGAUAAUGACAAAUACAUUCAGUUUUAAUCAUUAUUACUUGUUGAACUUGUGGAUAAAACAUAUCAACUAUUGCGGUAUAUUUAUAUACAACUGUUUAUGUCAUAAUGCCUUUCUCUUGCCUGCAAAUUUUCUUUCAGUUGAUAUAGAGAGUUUUCACAACUACACCACCAUUGUUACGGAUACCAAUUGCUAAUCAUAACAAGUGAAAUUUACAAAGCCUGUUCAUGUGUUACAUACAUGUAACUAUAUACGUUUACAAUGCUUAAACACCUGUUCAUGUGUUACAUACAUGUAACUAUAUACGUUUACAAUGCUUAAA